AAGGGCAAAUACGCGGUUUCCAAUCGGUUCAGGGAUAGGGCAUAAGGCGACUGAGGCAGUACCCGACGUUGGCGUUCGAAGCCCGUGGCUUCUUCCUCCUCCUCUCGCCACCGGUUUUCCCAUCACCGAUCUACUAAACCCUAACCCUAAAUCUUCCUUCUCUGUUUUCUCUUAUCCACCAUGGCUACGGCCGCGGAGGUGGCGCCGGGGGACGAGGGCCUGAAGAAGCUCGAGUACCUGUCUCUGGUCUCCAAGGUGUGCACGGAGCUGGAGUCCCACAUCGGCUGCGGCGACAAGGUCCUGGCUGAGUUCAUCACCGAGCUCGGCCGCGACUCCGAGACCGUCGACGAUUUCGACGCCAAGCUCAAGGCGAACGGCGCCGAGAUGCCCGACUACUUCGUCCGAACCCUCCUCACCAUCAUCCACGCCAUCCUCCCUCCCAGAUCCAAGGCUAGCAUGCCGCUUCCCUCCGAUCCCCAGUCCCAGUCCAAAAAGAAGGCGUCCGCCUUCCCCGCUCUCUCCCGCCCCGACGACCCCGAGCGCGCCAAGGAUCUCCGGUUGGAGAUGGAGAAGGACGCCGACCGCAAAUCGGAUGCCGGACGCAGGCAACAUGAUAGGGAACGUGACCGAGAGCGGGAUGAGAGGCGCAGAAGUGAUCGGGACAGAGACAGAGACAGACACAGAGGCGAGGAGAGGGAUAGAUAUAGAGACAGAGGCAGAGAUAGAGAUAGAGAUAGAGAUGGGGAUUAUAGAAGGGAUAAAUACAGCGAUUCAAGGGGCCACAAUGUGGAUGAAGAUGACGAAGACAGCAAGACUAGGAGAAACCCUAACCCUAACCGAAGAAUUUCUGAUGAGCCAGAGCUUUAUGAGGUCUACAAGGGAAGAAUUUCGCGUGUCAUGGACACUGGUUGCUUCGUGCAGCUGACCGACUUGAGAGGAAAGGAAGGACUGGUUCAUGUCUCCCAGAUUGCCAGCAGGAGAAUUGCUAAUGCGAAGGAUGUGGUGAAGCGUGAUCAAGAAGUCUAUGUGAAGGUGAUUUCAGUGUCAGGGCAGAAGCUUAGCUUGUCUAUGAGGGAUGUAGAUCAGAAGACUGGAAAGGAUCUACUCCCAAUGAAGAAGAGCUCUGAGGACGAAGCGUAUAGGGCGAACCCAGCCAGUAGGGAUGGUGGUCUGACUAGAAGGUUGGGUCUUUCAGGGAUUACGAUAGUAGAAGAAGAUGUGGAAGGAUCAUCAAGGCGCCCGCUCAAGCGGAUGAGCUCGCCCGAGAGGUGGGAGGCAAAGCAGCUUGUUGCUUCUGGAGUUUUGGGUGUCCGGGAUUACCCAAUGUUUGAUGACGAUGGAGAUGGGCUUUUGUAUCAGGAAGAGGGAGCUGAGGAGGAGAUAGAGAUCGAGCUUAACGAGGAUGAGCCUGCCUUCUUGCAAGGGCAGAGUCGAUUUUCGAUCGACAUGUCCCCUGUCAAAAUUUUCAAGAAUCCGGAGGGGUCUUUGAGCAGGGCUGCAGCACUUCAGUCAGCUCUUAUCAAGGAAAGGAGGGAGUUAAGAGAGCAACAGCAGAGGACAAUGCUGGAUUCAAUUCCAAAAGAUCUAAAUCGUCCUUGGGAGGACCCAAUGCCAGAAACAGGUGAGAGGCACCUUGCGCAGGAGCUUAGGGGAGUUGGGUUGUCAGCCUAUGAGAUGCCCGAGUGGAAGAAAGAUGCUUAUGGAAAGGCUUUAACAUUUGGGCAGAGGUCUAAGCUAUCGAUACAGGAACAAAGGCAAAGUCUUCCUAUUUACAAAUUGAAAAAAGAGCUAAUUCAAGCUGUGCAUGAUAAUCAGGUACUGGUUGUGAUUGGAGAGACAGGUUCAGGCAAGACAACACAGGUGACUCAGUAUCUAGCUGAGGCAGGGUACACAACUAGAGGAAAGAUUGGUUGCACACAACCUCGUAGGGUGGCAGCUAUGUCGGUUGCAAAGAGGGUAGCAGAAGAGUUUGGUUGCCGUCUGGGUGAGGAGGUUGGUUAUGCUAUUAGGUUUGAGGACUGCACUGGGCCUGAGACAGUGAUCAAGUAUAUGACAGAUGGUAUGCUUCUUAGGGAGAUUUUAGUUGAUGAAAGCCUCUCACAGUACUCUGUAAUAAUGUUGGAUGAAGCUCAUGAAAGGACCAUUCACACUGAUGUUCUUUUUGGGUUACUAAAGCAACUUGUGAAAAGGAGACCAGACCUUCGGUUAAUAGUCACCUCUGCAACACUUGAUGCAGAGAAGUUCUCCGGGUACUUCUUUAACUGUAAUAUCUUCACCAUUCCUGGUAGAACUUUCCCAGUGGAGAUACUCUACACCAAGCAGCCAGAAACUGAUUACCUGGAUGCAGCAUUGAUCACUGUUCUUCAGAUCCACUUGACAGAACCUGAAGGAGACGUACUUCUAUUUCUGACUGGCCAAGAAGAAAUUGAUCAUGCUUGCCAGUCUCUGUACGAGAGAAUGAAAGGAUUAGGGAAGAAUGUGCCUGAGUUGAUAAUCUUGCCAGUAUACAGUGCUCUUCCCAGUGAGAUGCAGUCGAGGAUUUUUGAACCUGCUCCUCCUGGAAAGAGGAAAGUGGUUGUGGCCACUAAUAUUGCAGAGGCUUCCUUGACAAUUGAUGGGAUUUACUAUGUUGUUGAUCCAGGUUUUGCAAAACAAAAUGUCUACAAUCCAAAGUUAGGGCUUGAUUCACUAGUUAUCACUCCCAUCUCACAGGCAUCUGCAAAGCAGCGAGCUGGUCGUGCUGGGCGUACUGGCCCAGGAAAAUGUUACCGUCUUUAUACAGAGAGUGCUUAUCGCAAUGAAAUGUCUCCAACGACAAUUCCAGAAAUCCAGAGGAUUAAUCUUGGGGCGACAGUUCUUAAUAUGAAGGCUAUGGGUAUAAAUGACCUUCUGUCUUUUGAUUUUAUGGAUCCACCAUCACCUCAAGCACUCAUUUCUGCUAUGGAACAACUAUACAGUCUUGGAGCCUUGGAUGAGGAGGGGCUCCUGACAAAAUUGGGUAGAAAAAUGGCUGAGUUCCCUUUGGAGCCACCACUUUCGAAAAUGCUUCUAGCUAGCGUGGACCUUGGAUGCAGUGAAGAAAUUUUGACUAUUAUAGCAAUGAUUCAGACCGGGAACAUUUUCUACAGACCAAGAGAGAAACAAGCUCAAGCAGAUCAGAAAAGAGCAAAAUUCUUUCAGCCUGAAGGGGAUCAUCUAACAUUGCUCGCUGUAUAUGAGGCUUGGAAAGCUAAGAACUUUUCUGGCCCAUGGUGCUUUGAAAACUUCGUACAGUCACGUUCACUUAGGAGGGCACAGGAUGUGAGGAAACAACUUCUUACUAUUAUGGACAGGUAUAAGCUGGAUGUUGUUAGUGCUGGAAAAAAUUUUACUAAGAUAAGGAAGGCAAUUACGGCGGGGUUCUUUUUCCAUGCAGCAAGGAAAGAUCCCCAGGAAGGGUACAGGACCUUAGUUGAGAACCAGCCUGUGUAUAUUCACCCCAGCAGUGCUCUAUUUCAAAGGCAACCAGACUGGGUUAUAUAUCACGAGCUUGUAAUGACGACUAAGGAAUACAUGAGGGAAGUCACAGUAGUUGACCCCAAGUGGUUAGUAGAGUUGGCUCCAAGAUUCUACAAGGGUGCAGAUCCUACAAAAAUGAGUAAACGCAAGCGACAAGAGCGUAUCGAACCACUUUAUGACCGAUAUCAUGAACCCAACUCUUGGCGUCUGAGUAAGCGCCGUGCUUGAGGCUGGUAAUCAACUUUGUACCUCUCUUCUCCCAUUUGCGAUGAUUGCUUCACUUGUUCUGUAAGCUGUGGUGCUCAAGUUCCAGCUUUACAUUGAAUUUAUUUGCUUAAUAGUGUAGCUUUUUUGUUGUUCACCAGUACUUGUAAUCCUUGUAUCUUACUGAUUUAGAGGUUUAGUAGUAAUCAUGAAAUGAUAAGGUUGAAGCUAAAUGUUAUUGUAUCAAGCAAUUUUGUUUGUCACUGGAGAACAGAUGUAUAAAGCAAUCAGGUGACUAUCUCAGGGAAUGAAACCCUUGUUGGGUCAUUUCUUGGUGGUGUUUACUUUAA